CUUCCAUUCUGCAUCAAUGGCUAAACAGUGACACUAUCCCAUAAUUUAAGUUCCUUAAUAAUAAUCAAAAUUUUCAUUUUUGUGAUGUGGGUUGGUUGCCAUUGUUAAAGGGACCCCAUUGAAGUACAUUACAAACACAAAGUUAGGUGAUUUUCUGUAACAGCUUUAAAUGAUAGUAGUAACUCAAUAAGAAAAAGAAAGAAAAAAACAGUAACUAAAAAGAUCUAAAUUUGUACUGUUUUUUUUUAUCUACUUAUGUUCAGUCACAACAACAACUGUAAGUUACUAGAGAAAAUAAUUGUGGGUACUCUUUGUUUCUUUGCAUAGUGGAAGGAAUUUAUCACUACCAGACAGGGAUCUCAAUUCUUCAUUCCUUAGCUUGAUUGGUUAGAUUUUUCAAGAACACCCAUGUCCCUAUCUUGAAGAAGAACAAAUGGCAGAAAGUUAUAGAGCUAGUCAAUUUGAGAGAAAUGAGAAAGUAAUGGCUGGUGAGAAUGAUGUGUCGGUGUCGUUUGGUAAAUUUGAGAAUGAUUUGUUAUCAUGGGAUAAAUGGUCAUCAUUCUCACAGAAUAAGUACUUGGAGGAAGUUGAGAAGUGUGCAACUCCUGGAUCAGUAGCAAGUAAAAAAGCAUACUUUGAAGCUCAUUACAAGAAAAUUGCUGCUCGGAAGGCGGCCGCCGAGCUACUUGAACAGGAACAACAACUUGAAGGUGAUUCCGGAAAAUCGAAUUGUCGGAGUAAUAAUGGAAAACAAGCUCAAGAUGAGGAUGACACUUUUGAGUUCGAUUUGGGUCGUGGAAAUCGAAGCCAAGGUUUUGGAAAAUGCAAGCUUAGCUUGAUUCAUGCCGCUGAACCUAUUCAGGAUGCAGAUGGUGUAAAUUGCCAAGUCUCUGUCAGUCAGGUGAGCAAAGCAGAAAUGUAUGGCCAACAACAUAAUUUCACAGCAGAGAAUUUAGAGGCAUCUGUAACGUGUCGAGGUGAAACCCCUAACGAGAAAUCAAAAACCGAAACCAAGGAAUUAGAAGUGUCUACUUCAGCCAAAGUUGAAAGCCAACAACAUAGCCAAGAUCAUAAUGUGAGGAAUACAGAAAUGCACAGCCAACAACAUAAUUUCACAGCAGAGGACUUAGAGGCAUCUGUAUCGCUGCCAGAUGAAACACCUGACGGAAAAUCAAAGACCAAAACCGAGGAAUUAGAGACGCCUACUUCGGUUCAAGUUGAAAGCCAACAAUGUAGUCAAGAACAAAAUGUGGGGAAUACAGAAAUGCAUAGCCAACAACAUAAUUUCACAGCAGAAGGCUUAGAGGCAUCUGUAUCAGGUCGGGGUGAAACCACUGACGAAAAAUCAAAGACCGAAACCAAGGAAUUAGAGACGGCUACUUCGGCCCAAGUUGAAAGCCAACAAUGUAGCCAAGAAGAUAAUGUGAGGAAUGCAGAAAUGUGUAGCCAACAGCAUAAUUUGAAAACACAGGAAUUAGAGCCUUCCAUUUCGGCUCAGCUUGAGAACCCUCUGGAACGAUCAAAGGCCCAAACUGAGGAGGUUGUUUUGGUUGAAGCAAAGAAUUGUUAUAAUGAAUCACAUGCCAAAGUGGAAGAUGUGCAAGAGAACCAAUCAGUAAGCCUGCCGCCUUCUUCGGUUAAAGAAGAGAGCAACAUGUCCACAAAAUCACAAGAACAUGUAGAAGUAGAAACGCACUCUGGGAGAGCACAAUCUGAGACUACUAGCAUUAGUCAUGUGGAGGAAAUUGAGACUACUAAAUUGAAGCCGCGGAAAGAACCUCGAAAGGUUCAUCCAAGAGUCCCAGCUGCUAAGGAGAAGAUUCCUGCAAAAACGACGAGAAAACUAGUAACACCAAAGACCAAAGCAGCGCAAACUUCAGUUUCAAAAGCAUCAAAGCCUUCACAAUCCUUACCUGCAAUAUCUACUACUUGUAGGACUCCUGCAAGGAAGGACAGCAGUCCAUCCUUACUAAAGAACAAACAACUUUUUUCCGCGGAUAACAAGCGAACAACUUCUUCCACUUCACUUCAUAUGUCACUGAAUGCACCACCUGUAAAAUCUGACUCAUCUUUUCUGAACACAACAAGAAGAUCACUCAUAAUGGAGCAAAUGGGAGACAAAGAAAUUGUCAAAAGAGCAUUCAAGGCAUUUAAAAAUACUUACGGCACACCGCUAUCCAAUGGUGAGGGAACAUCCUCCACCUCUCAACAGUUGCCCGAACGUGGUUCUUCCUCGACGAUUCCACAAAAGGAUAAAAAAGGAACCGGAAUGUCAGUGGGGAAAGCUAGUCCAUCUACAAAGCAAGUUGCUGCAAGACCUACCUCUCUUGGCACUCCUGCAAGACCAGCUAGCGCGAAACAAACAAUCACCAAGGCGUCAACAACUUCUCCUUUCAAAUUGAGAAGUGAAGUAAAGGCAGAAAAACAUAAAGAGGUAAUGAAGACACACGAUAAGGCUACAGAGGUAGACUCUUCACGGCUUCGAUCAAAAUCAAAGGAUGUUGCACAUCUGAACAUGUCAUGGAGGUGAAGCUAUAUGUUUAGCGUGAGCCAAAAGGACCAUAAAGCAGUAGGAUAAAAUGUAGCAUGUAAACUAGUAUUAGUAGAUAAAGAUGGAGAUUGAGAUGUAUUCUUAAGUUUUAGUUGUUAGCCUGAAGAUAUUGCGUUGAUUAGCCAAGCAUCAACCAGUAUUGAUGAACAUGGAUAAUAUGGAUGCGCCAUUACAGAAAAACCAUUUUGGUUGAAUUGUCAUGUCCAAGGCGACUUUUGUACUGUAAUUUCUAUUAAAAUCAGAGAUCUAUCUGAGUUGCAUCCAAAAUUACAAGAUUUUGUUUUUAGUAAAA